GUUUUCCACUGACCAUGCUGGCCAUCUAUUCUCUGUAUUCACAGAUGCAAGACGACCAUGUUGCACCGAUCUAUGUCAUCAACCUUCUGAUCACAGACCUCAUCCAGAUGUGCUGUUUGUGGUCUGUCAGCUGUGUCUCUACAUUAAUCUACUUCAGUGCUGUGUUGGCCAGUGUUGUCUUCAUGGUGUCUAUCGCCUUAGAAGGUGGGUAUUUGGUUAUCACCUGGCCUCUGUGGUACCACUUAAGAAGAAGCAUCAAAUCUUCUGUGUUGGUCUCCAUCACGGUCUGGGUCUUCUGCUUCAUUGAGUUCAUUAUAUCAUCUUUUGUGCCCAUUUUCCGUCCCAUCCUCCUCCUCAUCCCCUCCCUGCUCAUCUUUUUCCUGGCUAGGACAUUCAAAGCCCUGUCUGUGGCCAUUUCUGUUUCUCCUAAAGAAAAAUGGCACAUCAAAGGAACUUUAGUCCUGGUGCUGCUGAACUACACACUGCUGUUCUUGCCUUGGGUCAUUUGGAUCUUGAUAAAGGCAUGCUGUGAAACUUAUAUUUUUGAUUUGAGUCUCUUUAGAACUUUUGUUCAAUUCAGUCCUCUUGCAGACUUGGCUUUAUAUAUUUUCAUAAGGAAAGGGGCUACAGACAAGCUGCUGACCUCCCUGUGUUGUUGCAGAAUGUUAAGAGAGGAAGAGCAGAGCUAG